UGCAUUUCUCCUGUCUAUCGUGGGCUUGAACAUUGUCAUUGUCGGUUACUUGUGGGUAUUGACCAGAGCUUGAUCAAAUCGGGUGCUUGAGGGUUAUUUCUGCCGCACUGAACUUUGUGGGUUUUAUUCCGUUGAUUAUCAUUACUUGAUUCAAAAUGUCCAAGACCAAGUCUGUUUCCAAGAAGGGUGGUGAGAAGCCUGUUGACAAGACCUUGUCCAAGGUCAAGGGUGCCGGUGUCUCCAAGAGCUCCGAGUCCCCCAAGUCCAAGGGUAAGGAGAUUGCUCGCAAGCUCUCUGCCAAGGAGGAGAAGGCCCAGCGCAAGAAGAAGGCCCCUACUCCCAGCAGCUCGUCCGAGUCGGACAGCGACGAGGAGAUGGACUCCAGCUCCAGCUCCAGCAGCGAGAGCGAGGAGGAGAAGAAGCCCGCCAAGAAGGAGGUGAAGAAGCCCGCCAAGAAGGCUGAGUCUUCUGACUCUUCCGACUCCUCCGAGUCCGAUGAGGACAUGGAGGAUGCCUCCAGCAGCGAGAGCGAGAGCGAGGAGGAGAAGCCCGCCAAGAAGGCCAAGGCUGAGCCCAAGAAGGCCGACAAGAAGGCCGCUAAGAAGGAGGAGUCUUCCGAGUCUUCGGAUUCCUCGGACGAGUCGUCUGAGGAUGAGAAGCCCGCUGCCAAGAAGGCCGAGUCUUCCGACUCUGAUUCCGACUCUGACUCUGAGUCUGAGGAGGAGAAGCCCGCCAAGGCCACCAAGGCCGCCAAGGAGUCCUCCGACUCUGAUUCGUCCGACUCCUCCGACUCUGAGAGCGAGGAGGAGGCCCCCAAGGCCAAGAAGGCCGCGAAGGAAUCUUCCGACUCUUCUGACUCCGACUCGGACUCCGACUCGGACUCCGACUCUGACUCCUCCGACUCCUCCGAGAGCGAGAAGCCUUCCAAGAAGCGCAAGGCCGAGGAUGAGUCGUCCGCUACUCCCAAGAAGUCCAAGACCGAGGAGGCCCCCGCUGGCGCGUCGGCCAACCUGUUCGUCGGCAACCUGUCGUGGAACGUGGACGAGGAGUGGCUGCAGCGCGAGUUCGAGGAGUUCGGUGAGAUUGCCGGCACUCGCAUCGUGACUGAGCGUGACACUGGUCGCUCCCGCGGAUUCGGCUAUGUCGAGUUCACCAGCGCUGUCGAUGCCGCCAAGGCCUUUGAGAACAAGAAGGGCCAAGAUAUCGACGGCCGCCCCGUCAACCUGGACUAUGCCACCCAGCGUCCGGCCAACAACCAGGGCCAGGGCAACGACCGUGCGCAGAACCGUGCCCGUAGCUUCGGUGACCAGGCCAGCCCCGAGAGCGACACUCUGUUCGUCGGCAACCUUCCCUUCAGCGCCAACGAGGAUGCCGUGCACGAGCUGUUCGGUGACAAGGGUACCGUUCUGGGUAUCCGUCUGCCCACCGACCCCGAGUCGGGCCGCCCCAAGGGCUUCGGCUACGUCCAGUACUCUUCGGUGGAUGAGGCUCGCCAGGCCUACAACGACCUCAACGGCGCUGACCUGAACGGCCGUUCCGUCCGUCUGGACUUCAGCACCCCCCGCCAGAACAACGGCGGCGGUGGUGGUGGCCGUGGUGGUAGCUUCGGUGGCCGCGGUGGCGGCCGCGGUGGCCCCCGUGGUGGUGGUGGCCGUGGCCGUGGUGGUGGCCGUGGUGGCAGCAGCUUCGGUGGCGGCUUCGGCGGUCGCGAUGGUGCUCCCAACAAGGCUCGGGGUAACAUCCCUGAGUACAAGGGCACCAAGGUCACCUUCUAAUCGCUCACGUUGUCAUGACCAUUAAUUGUUUCGAAUAUCCGGGUUGAUUCUGUAGGAUUACGUAUGGGUGUUUUUUUUCUUGCUGACUGGUUCUGGGCCUAUUAAAAAGUUUGUUCUCUUUUUCCUAUUUUUAUCUAUUACUAUUUAUAUUACUAUAGUCGUUAGUUGAUAGAUUCUUGAUAAUAUACGGCUAUAAUGAUG